CCAAGAGCCCACUCCACCAUCCAAGACUAGGACCUCACAUCCUUCUCCAUAUCCGGUCGAUUUAACGAAAAGUUUGACUCUUAAUUUCUUGUCUUGAAGUAACUACCCACGUCGAACGGUCGAACCCCACCAUCCACCCCCCCCCCAACACACAUACAUACCACGCACCUCACAUCAUGGCUUUCGCGGGACAGACUCCCACCAUCAUUGUCCUCAAGGAGGGGACGGAUGCAUCCCAGGGACGGGGACAGAUGCUGUCCAAUAUCAACGCAUGCCUAGCAGUACAGGACACCGUCAAAUCUACUCUUGGGCCGUACGGAGGAGACCUUCUCAUCGUCGAUGCGAACGGGAGACAGACGAUUACGAACGAUGGUGCUACAGUGAUGAAGUUGCUCGAUAUUGUUCAUCCCGCGGCACGAAUACUUACCGACAUCGCACGGUCCCAAGACGCCGAAGUCGGUGAUGGCACAACAUCAGUAGUAGUGCUCGCCGCCGAGUUCCUAAAGGAGAGCAAGGGCUUCGUGGAGGAAGGCGUUUCAUCCCGCAUCAUCGUUAAGGGUUUCCGUACCGCCGCCCUGCUUGCAGAGAACAAGAUCAAGGAGAUUGCUGUCAAGAUCGACCAGACGAACAAGCGGGAUACGCUGUUGAAGCUUGCGUCCACCGCCAUGAGCUCCAAGCUCAUCAAGCGGAACUCCGUGUUCUUCGCCGAGAUGGUCGUGAAUGCUGUUGCUGCCCUGGAUCAGUCCGAGCUGAAUGAGAAGUUGAUCGGAAUGAAGAAGGUUCCUGGUGGUGGUCUUCAGGACAGCUUGUUUGUCAAUGGUGUCGCGUUCAAGAAGACGUUCUCGUACGCUGGUUUCGAGCAGCAGCCAAAGUCAUUCACCGACCCGAAAAUUGUGUGUUUGAACGUCGAGCUGGAGCUUAAGAGUGAGAAGGACAACGCAGAAGUCAGAGUGGAACAGGUCUCGGACUACCAAGCUAUUGUCGACGCGGAGUGGCAGAUUAUCUUCCAGAAGCUUCAGGCUCUGGCAGAUACCGGUGCACAGGUUGUUCUGUCUAAGCUGCCAAUCGGAGAUCUUGCCACACAGUUCUUCGCCGACCGAAACAUCUUCUGCGCCGGUCGUGUAACAAAUGAGGACAUGGAGCGCGUCCUGCAGGCCGUCGGCGCCAGUUUACAGUCCACCUGCACCGACAUCGGCCCCAGCCACCUCGGAACGUGCGAAAAGUUCGACGAGCGUCAAAUCGGCGGAGAGCGCUUCAACUUCUUCGAAGGCUGCAAGGCUGCCAAAACCUGCACGCUCGUCCUCCGCGGAGGAGCCGAGCAGUUCAUCGCCGAAGUCGAACGUUCCCUGCACGACGCCAUCAUGAUCGUCAAGAAGGCGACCAAGAACGACCUAAUCGUUGCCGGCGGCGGCGCGCUCGAAAUGGAAAUCUCCAAGUACCUGCGCGACUACUCGCGCACGAUCGCGGGCAAGCAGCAGCUCGUCAUCGCCGCGUUCGCAAAGGCCCUCGAGAUCAUCCCCAGACAGCUGUGCGACAACGCCGGCUUCGAUGCUACCGACCUCCUGAACAAGCUCCGCAUGCGCCACGCGAAGGGCGAUAUCUGGGCCGGUAUCGAUAUCGUCAACGAGGGCAUCCGCGAUAACCUCGAGGCCUUCGUCUGGGAACCCGUCUCCGUAAAGAUCAAUGCCAUCCAGGCCGCCACGGAGGCUGCAUGUCUGAUCUUGUCUGUCGAUGAGACUAUCAAGAACCAGGAGUCUCAGCAGCCGAAUGCUGGUCCUCAGAUGCCACGCGGCGCCGCACAGCGGGCACUCAGAGGACGGGGCCGGGGUAUGCCCAGACGGUAAAAGGCUGGCUGGCUGGUAGGAAGGACGGGACGGGAUGGGGAAUAGGUAGCGAGGGGAUAUCACAACACCAGAUUAGAUAGUACUUAAAAAUUGAGGUGCUAUGGUAUUCUAUUCUGUAUGAACUGUGAUUAAAGAAAGAUGGAACUCGGUGUUGCUCGAUGUAAUCUAUUCGCUUCCAUUUCCACUUGCACUGCAGUGUUAUCAAUCACCCCACCGCAUCGAAACUCG